AUGGAAUUCACGUUGUUUUUGAUAGCCUUCACCCCCGCUGUCUCGGUAAGAACUUUCAAGUUUUAUAAUGUGUUUAGGGUUAUUUAAUGUACUGGAAAUUUUGUGCUUUGAAAAUUUGUUAAUUUUUUAAUUGAAAAUUGUUCUAGACAAACGCAACCCUCCAAGGAAUAUCCACCCAAGAAGGCUUAAUUACUGACAUGUGCCAAUAUGCUUUUUUACAGUAAGUAACUAUUGUUUUAUAAUUUGUUUAGGUUUACAAAUUGAUUUUACGUUGAUGUCAAAUAUAAAUUGAUAUACUUGAAUUUUGCAUGGCUUUUCGUUGUAACUAAGAUUAUAUUGUGUUUUUUAGGAACACAUCUUUAUGUGGAGGUAUAUGUUCCCCAAGAUUCACAGUAUCUAUUGAGGAAUUUGUCAAGCAGACCAUUUUAAUAGUUUAA